AAUCGAUUUAUUUGUGACAUAACAAUUCACUGAGAGAUGACCAUAUUCCAUGUCGUAACAGGCCUGAGUUUGAAACAUCCUUUAAAGUUACACGAUCUAUGCAUGAUCUACAUAUUAUAGUUCUGGUUAGUUUCGAUUUAGGCAAAUAAUUCAUUUCUAAUGAUUUUGUCACAGGUGAUUGAGGGGAGAAGUGCUGUAGUUUGAAAAAAAGUCACGUCCAUCCCUCCCUCUCUUCGUCCCUCCUUUCUUGCAGCGUCCCUUUUCUUCUGGACCCCAAUCCCUCCUCCUCCUCUCUCUCUCUCUCUCUGGUUGGCCUUCCUCAAAGAUAAUUGAAGGCAAAAUUCGAUAUGCUCAAUGUCAUGGACAGAAAUGAGGUCUCUUCGGCGUCUACUGCCACCAUGAAAAAGAAGGCUGUGGGCGGCAGCGGUUGCAGCCACUUCAGCGCACCCAAGGCUGCUUCAUCCAAAUGCUCCAAAAGCACCAGCUUACAGAACUGCUUGAACCCCGGUUCCCCAGGCGCAGCCAGCAGAAAUCAGCCCGGCUGGACCAGCAACAUCGUGAUGGAUGAGACGGAGGAUGGAGAAGAGGAAUCCAGGUUUCAGCAUCCGCGGCUGCGCCGAGCCGGGGGGAGCGGCAGCAGCGGUGGUGGAGGAGGAGGAGGAGGAGGAGGCAGUAUCAGGAUGAAGAACUUUACGCCAGGAGGGGGAGCCGCGUCCUCGGCUUCCAGGAGAAACUCCAACAAGGAGCUCUGCCUUACGCACACAGAGGACGUUCCCCCCGCCUCACGGCCCACUGUUGCCUCCAGAGCGACCGAGGCACCCUGUCCGGGCGAUGCUGUCCAAAGCAGUGAGACCAGUGGAGCGUCUGGGGCGGAGGUGUCAGAAUCUGCGGUCAGGCUAAAGGUUUCCAAAGCGACAGCGGGUGAUGGUCGCAGCGGCGUCGCUCCAGCUUCCAGUAUGAAAUGCAACAAAAACGGAGAAUGCAGAAGGGACUCGGGUACCGGGAGCCUGCGCUCAAUAAUAUCCAAGCAGGAGAAGCAGACAGCGGGAUCGGGGAGAGCCGAGGACGGAGGCGCUGCCAAGCGGGGAGCCCGUAACUCGACCACCGCCAGUAUGGACGGCUCGAUCACACCAGGAGGGUCUCUAACCGGGGGGCAAGGAGGAGAGAGCGCCAACCCAGGCGCCACCCCCGUGUCCAGCGUUGUACCUGAGAAAAAGGACUCCAAGGUGUCCUUCUCUAACGCGCCCAGCCGAAAAGCCUCCUCCUCGCUUCACGGCCAGACCCAGACUCAGACCCAGCAGCCGAGGAACUCUGUAACUUUCCAGAAACAGGAGGAUGGACCGCCGAUUGUGCCCGCCGAGGAUGCAGAACCUCGAGGCAGCCAAGCCAGCUUCAUGCAGCGGCAAUUCAGUAGCAUGCUGCAGCCUGGAGUUAACAAAUUCUCCCUGCGCAUGUAUGGUAGUCAGAAAGCAGUUGAGAAGGAGCAGGAGAGGGUAAAAUCAGCUGGAAACUGGAUUAUCCACCCAUAUAGCGAUUUCAGGUUCUACUGGGAUUUUACAAUGUUGCUGUUUAUGGUGGGCAAUCUGAUCAUCAUCCCCGUGGGCAUCACCUUUUUCAAGGAUGAAACCACAACUCCCUGGAUCAUCUUUAACGUGGUCUCUGACACCUUCUUCCUCAUGGACCUGGUGCUUAACUUUCGCACUGGAAUCAUCAUUGAGGACAACUCUGACAUCAUUUUGGACCCUGAAACUAUAAAGAAAAAGUAUUUAAAAACUUGGUUUAUUGUAGACUUUAUCUCCUCCAUCCCAGUGGAUUACAUAUUCCUUAUAGUGGAAAAAGGGAUCGACUCGGAGGUGUACAAGACCGCUCGGGCCCUGAGGAUUGUCCGCUUUACCAAGAUCCUAAGUCUUCUGAGGCUGCUAAGGCUCUCCAGGUUAAUACGUUACAUCCACCAAUGGGAAGAGAUCUUCCAUAUGACCUAUGACCUGGCUAGCGCAGUGAUGCGGAUUAUCAACCUGAUCGGCAUGAUGCUGUUGUUGUGUCACUGGGAUGGCUGCCUACAGUUCCUGGUCCCCAUGCUGCAGGACUUCCCUUCAGACUGCUGGGUGUCCCUUAAUAAGAUGGAGAAUGAUACCUGGUCAGAACUCUACUCCUUUGCAGUUUUCAAGGCAAUGAGCCACAUGCUGUGCAUUGGUUAUGGUCGGCAGGCCCCGGAGAGUCUGUCAGAUAUCUGGUUGACAAUGCUCAGUAUGAUAGUGGGAGCAACCUGCUACGCUGUCUUUAUUGGCCAUGCAACAGCUCUGAUCCAGUCCCUGGACUCAUCCAGACGACAGUAUCAAGAAAAGUACAAACAAGUGGAGCAGUAUAUGUCCUUCCACAAGCUGGCUGCAGACUUCCGACAAAAAAUCCAUGACUAUUAUGAGCACAGGUACCAGGGCAAGAUGUUUGACGAGGAAAGCAUCCUGGGAGAACUCAGUGAACCUCUCAGAGAGGAAAUCGUGAACUUCAACUGCCGUAAGCUGGUGGCGUCUAUGCCAUUGUUUGCCAAUGCAGAGCCAAACUUUGUAACAGCAAUGCUGACUAAGCUACGUUUUGAGGUGUUCCAACCUCAAGACUAUAUCAUACGAGAGGGCACCAUCGGCAAAAAAAUGUACUUCAUCCAGCAUGGCGUAUGCAGCGUCAUCACCAAAGGCACGCUUGCAAUGAAACUGUCUGAUGGCUCUUAUUUUGGAGAGAUCUGCUUAUUAACGAGGGGUCGACGAACAGCCAGCGUGCGAGCAGAGACGUACUGUCGGCUCUAUUCUUUGUCUGUUGACCACUUCAACGAGGUGUUAGAAGAAUAUCCCAUGAUGAGAAGAGCCUUUGAAACUGUUGCCAUUGAUCGUCUAGACCGUAUAGGUAAAAAGAACUCUAUCCUGAUGCACAAGGUUCAGCAUGAUCUCAGCUCUGGCGUUUUCAACAACAGUGAGAACGAGAUGAUCCAGGAGAUAGUCAAGUAUGACCGUGAGAUGGUGAAAUUGGUGGAUCUGCAGCGGCCAAGGGCCAUGUCUAUGACCCCUUCUAUAGGUGGGAUUUUUGCCCCUCCAGGUCAGCCUCAGACUGGCUCAGCAAUUGCCACCCUCCAGCAGGCUGUGGCCAUGAGUUUCUGCCCUCAGAUGGCAAGCCCUUUAGUAGGUCCUGGGACUUUGCAGUCUCCACGUAUGGUACGAAGGUUCCAGGUGAUUCAGAACUUAUCCAGUCCAGUCUCAAUGUCUCCUCUUCAGUCUCAACCUCCCCAAACACUUGGAGGGGCAUUUGGGUCUGCUAUAUCAAGCCCCCCAGUCCAAAGCCCACUCACAGCUACAGGACGGACUUUUCAGUACAUGGCGAGUGUUGGACCAUCUGGGUCUCAGUUGUCCCUUGUCCAGCACCAUGCACCCAGUCCCACACAGCAGAGACCUGUCUCACAUAAGAGCACCCACUCUCUCCAUACGGGUGGUUUGAACCAGGACACCCGAGCCCUGUCUGCCUCCCAGCCUUCACUCCCCCAGGAAGGAACACCCCAGGCUUCCUCUGCAGCACCCAGUCCCCCACCCUCCACCCGCACUUCCAACUCCUCCAUUGGCCCCCAACAACCCCCUCACCACAACUUACCGGGACCCCUAGGUGUGGGGAGACCACCUGGAGCCCAGCAGAGGGUGGCCUUUGCCUCCACAACUCCUCCAGGUGGACCUACUGGAAUGGGGGCAGUAGCAGCAGCUGUUGGACCAGGACCUCCAGGCUCAGGAGUUCCGAAGAAAGAUUCGAUUGUCAGCCUUCCGGAGCUAGACUCUGCCAGAUCCCGGCUGUCUUCCAACUUGUGACCCUAGUGGAGUCCAGUAGAGAGGCCUUUUUUUGUAUGAGAAUCUGUUCGGUUUAAGGUCAAUCCAGCUGAUCUCUCAGCUUGCUAAAUGACCAAUCAGCUACUGCCAGCGUCACCUGUCAUUCGACCUGGAUGCACUGUGCUGGUGUCAGCAGAAAAAAAAGAGCUGCUUGAAGUAUUGAAACUCUUUGGCUAUGGGGAGUCAAAACAAUUAUACUAGUAUAUAAAAUUAAGGUUGAACUGGUCUGGUCUGCUGUGCCAGCGCCUUUAGUCUUAGUAUCACCCCUUUCACUCUGCUUCCAAACACCUACUGCAUAUCGCUGUCUUUACUGUAAAGAUAUAAAGAAAAGUAUGGUUAAUGUACCUUUUGCAUACUGUGUAGAAUCCAUGCAAUGCAAUCUAGCAGGAGCUGGACAUAAAAAUGAAAAUCAGGGACUUGAGGUCAAAUGACAAUGACAUUUUAAGCAUUCAAAAGUGUUUUAAAUGUAACUUUUUUCUGUAUGAGUUGUUGUAGCAAAGGAACACACAUCUUCAUAUUGUUUAAACUAAUAGUAGAGUUAGUGUUUUAGACCGCUGGUCGAUCUUACAUCACUGUGUAAAUAGCUAAUGAAAAAAGUAAGGAAGGACAUUAUAUUCAUUGCAUCUACCCAAAACCAAAGUUGAGCUUGAACACCAAGUCUGGUUGUGUCUGUAUCAACUAAAAAAGAAACAUAGAAGAAAAUGCCAUUUAUUUAACUGCCUUGAUUCAACGUUAGAAGCCAUAUAUUUGGUUUGUGUGUUUGCAUAUAUGUGGGUGUUACUGCGUGUGUGUGUGUGUGUGUGUGUGUGUGUAUGUGUGUGUGUGUGUGUGGGAGUGUGUGUGUGUGUGGGUGUGUGUGUGCGUGUGUGUGUGUGUGUGUGUGUGUGUGCGUGUGUGUGUGUGUGUGUGUGUGUGUGUGUGUGUGCACGUGCGAGAGAGAUUUUGUUAAUACGUUCUGGUUCCAUUUUCAGAGAAGGGACUCACGCACUCUACGACGCAUCGUCAAGUAUGACCGGUUGGACAUGCUGACGGUGGCACUGCCCUGUUUUUAUGAAUCAUCUGGAAAGAGGUCAGCUGUUUGCUCAACAUACUGAUUGUAACCCUAAAGGCAAAGAUGGUUUAAUAAUCUGAGCUUUACUGAAAGGAAACAUUUGUGAACAUCCCAUACUGUAUACUUGCUUGUUUCUGUCUAGGUUCAUUGAUUAACACAUGCAAUAUAAUUCUGCAAUACUCUACCCCGCCUAUAUAUAUAAAUAUAUAUAUAUAUAUAAAUAUGAAUAUCUAUACUUAUGCUGUACAGGAAAGUGAACUUGUUUCUUUAUGUUCUUUUUUUGUUUUUUUUUUAUGUGAAAUCCAGCAGCUAUUGUGGCUUCACUUGAGGUAUUGUUAUCCAGUGACAAUGUUGUUACCUUAACCAAAAAUGUGUGAGGGAAUGAAAGCGUAUGUUCCUGUGUUAUUUUUGUGUUAAAAAAAGAACACACUGAGCUAACUGCUUACUGAUUAAAAGACACGGGAUGAAUCCACGUUUGAGCUCAGCAAGUCCUCAAAAAUGUCACCUGAACAGCAUUUUUCAAAUGUCUUAAAAAAUAGGGUGGCCAAAAUAGGUUACAGACACCUCAUUUGUAAAAAGUCACCUAAAAAUUUGGUGAAUUUCACCACUUUUAGGCCCACAGAAAUCCUUUGGUUCAAAGUGCGAGAGUGGUUUGAGGCUUUGAUUAUUUUUAUUCGAAACAUUCUGAUCCUGUUGAAUCUAAAGCUCCUUCUUCUGCUGAAUGUAUGCCAUAUGAGAAGGAAGACAGCUAAUCUGUUAUAAACUGCCAUGUAAAUAAAGGGACAGAGGAUUUUACAAUGCAAGGGGGGACUGGGCCUUUCUGUAUGAGUUGCUGAGUGUCUGUGUGAUCUUUUUUUAUAGUCUGUUGAUGCUUAUUUUGGUUGAAGAUUAUGCCACAGCCCAAAUCCCAAGGUCUGAAUAUUCAAAAAACGUUUUUAAAAAUUACUGAAAUGAACAUGAAUGAGAGCAUGCUGCAACCACUUUGAACCUCUCCAUCUAAAGUGAGAAGUGAGGAUGUCCACUUAAACACCUUGUGUUGCACUACGACCUUGUAAUCAAAAAAAAAAAACAAAAAACAAAUCAAUGCUCUGUUCUAUCAAAACUGCUGUUGCACUUCUUCUGGACUCAUUAUCUGGUUAAACUGUAAGGACAAAAUAAAAAGGGAAUUCAAUUGGAGCAAAUAGGUAGCUAGUUCAUUGCAUUAACAAAUAUGGAGGCCACCUUUUUUCAGCUCUGAACAUCGAUCCAGAGCCAAACUGUAAAAUCUAUCUAAUGGACAUUUCACUCAGGUUUGCUACCUUUCCACAGAGAUGCAUUGAUUGCCACAAUGUGGCUUUCCAUUGAUUUAUGUAGACAUAUCUAUUCUCAUAUUUUGAGCUUGUUGACUUAACAGUACUGAAUGAUUCUAAUUGGCACACAAUAAAUGUAGUCAUAACCCUACGUUUCUUGUCAGCUUUACUGCUGAAGGGGUUUGAUCUCUCCUCCUGAGAUCUUGAAUAAAAUGAGCAGGUGAUUGUCUUUAUCCAAGUGCUUCAUUGUAUAGCUUGUGAACCCUGGGUAAUUGUUAUACAGUUGCAUCUCAAUGAAAUCAAAUAUGAUUAAAAACUUAAUUUCUUUCAGUAAUUCAAAUAAAACACCGAAUUUCAUAUGCACAGUGAAAUAUUUCCAGUGUAAUGUUUCCAAUGUAUGUUUUGAUGAUUAUGGCUUAAAGCCACUAAGAACCUGAAAUUCAAUGUCUCGGAAAAAUGUUAAGGUAUAGAAGACCAGUAUAAAAGAAUGAUAAUACAUAAAUAUCAGCCUGCUAAGUCUAUCCAUGUAGUGGAAAAUCACUUAAUACUUGGUUGGGGCCCCUUUGCCAUUAAUUACAGCAUCAGUGCAGCAUAGCAUGAAGGUGAUCGGCAUGUGGCUCUGCGGAGAAACAAGGAAAGUAUGGUUGGUUUAAUAGCGACCUUCAGGUUGUCUGCAUUGUUGGAUCCUGUGUCUCUUAUUCUCCUCUUGAAAAUACUCCAUAGAUUCCCUAUGGAGUUCAGGUCAGGGCAGUUUGCUGGUCCAUCAAGCAUUGUGAUACCAUGGUCAUUAAAGCAGGCAUUGGUAAUUUUGUGAGCUAUGUUGGGAAAUGAAAUCAGUAUCUCUGUAAAGCUUGUCAGAGGGAAGCCCGAUAUGCUCUGAAAGUUCAUGUAGAAAGCUGCUCUGACUUUGGACCUGAUAAAACACAGUGGACCAAUACCAGCAAAUGACAUGGUUCCCCAAAUCACCACUGGCUGUGGAAACUUCACACUGGAAUGCAGUUAAAUUGGAUUAUGUGCCUCUCCACUCUUCCUCCAGACUCUGGGACCUUUAUUUUUACUUUUUGAGAUAGGACAUUGGGCCACUAAGCAAUUGUUCAGUUGUUUUUCUCCUUAGCCCAGGUAAGACACCUUUGACAUUUCUGGUUUAGGCCUGGCUUUAAACAAGGAACGCAACAUUUGUAGCCCAUGACCUGGAUAGCUCUCUGUGCAGUGGCUCUUGAAGCACUAAAAUGGAUGUAUUUCUGUGUACUGCUACUGGAUAUGAGAAUUUCCCCCUUGGGGAUAAAUAAAGUAUCUUUCAUCAUCAUUAUCAUCAUCACCGAGUCCAGCCCCGGUCCACGCCUUGUGAAACUCCCCAGAAUCUUGAAUGGGCUUUUCUUUUGAAUUGUCUCAACGUGGUGCUUAUCUUUCUGAGAAACUGAAUUUUGAGCUUUUGUUAGGUGUAAGCCAUAAUCAUAAAAACGAACAGAAAAAAAGCUUGAAAUAUCACUCUGAGUGUAAUGAAUAUAUAUAAUACGAGUUUCACUUUUUAAAUUGAAUUACCAAAACAAAUGUUCCUUCAGUGAUUUUUUAACCUACUGAGGCACACCUGGAGCAGAGCAGAUACAUUUUUCCUUUUCUGUUUCACAAAAAAACCUGCACUAAACAAAAAUUUUUUUGUCUUACCUGAGUCACAGUACCGCCUCCCCACCUUAUCAGUGACACAUGAACUAUGACUUCUUUUCCAAUUGGAAAAGCAUACACCAAAACACCAACACCAUUUCGAAUGAAUAUAUCUGAGUCAGUGUUUUUGUGUGGUUCAGUACUGUUCUGUCUGAUUAAUUGGUCAAUCUCCUUUUGCUAAUACCAGAGUUUGCCCUGUUAAGCUGCUAUCAAGACUGUGCAGAUAUCUGAACGAGUCCACAGUCAGCAAGAGCAAGAUGAAUGGAGAAUUAAAGAGCUAAUGUUUCAGGCAAUAUCAGGCACCGUCUCUGUUUCAUUGCAUCUACAUGUGGUGUGUAAUUCCCUUCCCACUGAAAGGAUGGCAUUUGAGACACUUUGAUCGGCACCGUUCUGUUUGAACCGUCAGCCAUGGGCCUGAUACAGCUCUGGCCAAGCACACACUGCCAGUUUAUCUGUUUUUGUGUUUGUAUCACGGGUUGGUCAGUGUGUGGGCUUCAAGCUGCCAUUGAAAGGAAUGUGCUGUAUUAGCCUGAUGGCGGGUGGGUUCAAAGUGUGACUGUUUAAUAAUAUUCUUCAGGACUUUGCUGUGAAGUGGGAAUGAAUUCAUUCUUGUGUGUUUGGCACUGACUGACAAUUAUUGAGAAUCUCAAAGUUUCAAGCCUCUCACUCUUGCUGUACCAGAUGUUAAGGGUACUGAAUGCCUUGGUGUUGAUUUGUUAGCAAAUCAGGGUCUUAUGUUUGUCUGUUCUCUCUGAUUUAUCAGUCUCUUUUAUUUGGUAGUAUUUUCAUUAUUAAUAUUUAUAAUGUGCCCUCUGCACAUGGACUGUAUAUACCUUGUGCCUAGUACAUAUAGUUUCCACAUAGUCUAUUUUGUGGUAUGUAUGUGCCUGUAAAAAUGCAAAUAUGUGUUUUUAUUUCCAACUUGCAAUAUAUGUACAAACCAUUAGAUGACUAGUAUUGCUAAAUUACAAUGACAAUGUCAGUAUAUAUAAUUUUCCCUGAUAAGGGAAACACAAAAUUGCACAUUUUAUGUUGGGUUGAACCUUCCAACACCAUGCGCGCUGUACUCUGUACAUUCAUGUUCUGUACAUAUGGUAUACACAGACAUGCGGGGCACCUUCUCGGGUUUUCACCACAGCCUGCUAUAUAAGCAUAUUUUGUAAAGUGAGAGGGUGAGCUCUGACUGGCUUCUGGUGGAUAUCUGCAGUCUAGACAUUAGCUUAGAGCCAAAAACAGCAGAAGUUAACUAACAAAACUGUGGAAAUGCUUGCACAAAAACAAUACAUAUAAAACACAAACAAAAAAAAGGCAGCGCAUAAGCUGGAUAAUUGUCGGACUGUGCUGUUGCACACCUUUUCACACUGAUGCUGGCUGCACACUGAUCUGGUGUUGGCUAUUAAAGGGAAAAAUAAUUCUCUCCAAGACUCUUGACCCACAGCAAGUCUUAAAACAUGACUCCCAGAUGGGUUUGCUGACAGAUAAAGCAGAGUGCAUGCGUGUGAUUUUCUCAUUAAAGCAGAGUUCUGUGUAUGAUUGUUGUGGGACCUUCAAAUCUAGAAAUUGUUGUGUAUCAACUACUGUACAAUGUUUUUAUUUAGUAUUACAGUUUAACUUUUGUGUCGUAGCUACUGUAGCCUGCUUAACCUACCUAAGCCUUCUCGCUGCUUCAGGACUCUGUGUGCUUGAGUUUGUGUGUGUGUGCGUGUGUGUGUGUUCCUGUGCCUUUCCUUCUAUAAUGUUGGUCCCACUUGAGAAUAUGAUGCCAUUUAGGGGGUUAAAACCCACACGAAGCUGAAAUAUGCCAGCACAAAUAAUAAUAAUAAAAAAAACUAUUGUUAAAUAGUCACAACCACAAUUGUUUUAAAACUACAAAACAAUAUUGAAAUGCUUUCUAGAUUUGACUCUGGCACAUCCUAGACUUAGUAGCAUUCCACAGCCUGCACGAACGGCUCAGCGUGGGCAUCCAGACACACUUUACCAGCACCAUGUAGAUGACAGCACAGAUCUCUGAAACAGCACGUCUCCUCUCUUUAUGAAAACCAGUCUGCAAACAUGUCAGAGUGUGCUUGGCUUCUGCUCAUACAAAAAUGUUUAAGUAUUACUUAACUUCAACCCUGUCUUUAGUUGAUGUUAUAUUCCAGUGACAACUCAGCUCCCAGCCCCAGCCGCAUUGCUAAUAAAUUAGUCUAAAAGGAUCGGGGUCUUUGGGUGAUCUGUUUUGGCGUCCAGCAGACUGGGAUGCACAGCUGGUGGCUGGGGUGAGGGGCUGAUUUGGUCCUGUGUCCAAAAGGCUGUCUUGUCCACCACCUCGGCUGGCCAACAGCACAGAGCCACACCCUGGUUUAUCUUAAUAAGCUGGUCUGUCAGUCAGUGGCAAUGUUGUUUCAGCAUCCAUAAACAGACAUAAAAUACCUUGUUGUGCAAUAAAAAGAUGAGCGCAUUGGCAUACUUA